ACGGACUGCGCUAUACACACGCCCGUGAAAUCGUCCUCUACGAAUGUUGUUGCCGUUUAACGUCUUUAGUGGGUUGUUUCUUGUCAGGCGGUUGUAACAUUAGAUUAGUUAUUAGCUGGUAAUUAAUUGACGGUUGAAAAAUGACGAGCAGGGCGACGCCGAGCCGCUUCUUGAGAAGUGUUCUUCAAAACGGGGUCGGCCGGUACGUCUGCCAGCUGAAACGGAUCUCCAUCGUCUUCUCCAAAAACGCACAGAGCUCGUUGGGAGUCAGGGACUUUAUUGAAGAGGGAGUGGUGGAUUAUGCCAAUAAGAACCCUGGAACUGUCGUGUAUGUGUCUCCUCAGUCCUGCAGGAUACCUAAAAUAGUUGCUGAGUACUUAAAUGGCAACGUGAGGGAGGAAAUUGUCACAAACAAAACCUCUCCACAGAUCUCAGAGCUUUUGACCAAACUGACCAAUCAGUCCGGCCUGGACAUCAUCCGCAUCCGCAAACCCUUCCACACAGACAACCCCAGUAUCCAGGGACAGUGGCACCCGUUCACCAACAGGCCCCCGUCUAUCGGCCCCAUCAGAGCGCAGAAACAGGACACGCAGUAAGGACUAAAGUUCAAGGCAGAGAGUUUGGAUGUUUCCACCAGUUUUAAUCAGUCCUGAGAGAUAUGUCCUUCAAGUGUCUGCACAGGUCAUGUAGUUCUCAUGUUUACAGAAAUUUUCCAGUGUAUUUGUUGGAUAUUUCUGCAGGAGACACCCACCACUGACUGAACAUUUUUUACCAUGCUCUUCUGUCUGGUGGUGGCAGCAAAGCCACUUGAGCUGUGCGGGAAAAUGCACACAGCUCUGAAUGCCACAUUUGAAUAGAGUUCACAUGAAUCCACCAGAGGCUUGUCAGUUGGCAUACAGAAAAGCAGAUAACUGUAACUAAAUCGCAGGGUUAUUUGAAGAUUCAUGUAAGAAGUGCAGCGAUCAAGAGCAGAUGGAUUUAUGUAUGAAAUAAAAUAAAUAUUUUUUGUGCAAA